GUGUGUGUGUGGUAUGUGGUUAAACUGGUUCUCCAACAGGUGAGCUGCAGUUAAGUGCGUGGGUUUCCGGGGAAAUAAAAAAGUUAUGUGUUUGAUUCACGAGUCCAAUCUCUGAGUCUGACCUGGUUCUGCUUCUGGAUCUUACCAAGUGGAGUUUUAGUGGCGAAGCGGAGAUCCUGCAGAUUACACACACACACACACACACUCUCUCUCUCCUUUGGUUUUAGCUCGCAGCGCAACUGAGCGCCAGCUCCUGGGGAUCUUCAGCAGGACGUUUUGCAGCUCUGAUGAAGAGAAGAUGGUGAGAUAUACAGCAGUGUGUUUCAGCCUGAUGGUGGUGUUUCAGCUCACAUUAUCACGCUGCCUAAACAACAACAACAACAACAACAACAACAACAACCACAACAACAUGUUUCUCCACGAGACCUCAGCAGACUCGUUCCUGUCUCGCUCGUUGCUUUACAACAGCUGGGAUUUUGAGCUGGUGACUCCAGGGAACUUGGAGAGAGAGUGUGAGGAGGAGAUCUGCUCUUAUGAGGAGGCCAGAGAGGUGUUCGAGGAUGACACAAAGACGGCAGUGUUUUGGAAGACGUACAUAAACAAGCACGACCUCCGUGUGGACAUAUCUGGUCUGGCGGCCGGGAUUGUAGCUGCUGUGGUGUUGACUGUCAUCGUGCUGAUACUGUCUGCUACUGCUGCAAGAAAAAUAAAAACUGUGAGACGAACGGGAAGUGUCCCGGUGCGGAUGGCUGCAGACGGACGUGCAGCCCAGGAGACGGUUCCUCUGUCCAAUAUUGCAGCUCCUGGUUUACCGAGUUACAACGAGGCCCUGAACUGCAGCGGGCAGUACGAUGCCCCUCCACCUCCUUACACUGGAGAGGAACCCAGUGCUCCUGCAGAACCUCAGACUGAGGAGUGAGAGGAGGAACCUGCAGGUUGGUCUGUGGACAGCAGGAGGUUCAGAGUUCAGGGUUCAGGGUUUGGUCAUGUGAUCUUGGGGUUUUAUUGAACGGAGCGUCGGUGCGGUGACGCCGUACAACUCCACAAGAGAAUUUAUUAAAGAAAUGCUUCCUGUUUUACUUUCACUCUCAUGGCCUGUGAGUGUGUGUGUGUGUGUGUGUGUGUGUGUGUGUGUGUGUGUGUGUGUGCGCGUGUGUGUGUUUUGUAUUGUAACAAUGUUAUUCUUUUAAAAAAUAAAUCCUUUUUUUGUUUAAAAUUGUUAUUUCUUUUUAAUAUUAAUAGUUGAAAUAAACCUGGGAAUGGA